CUUCCUAUUUAAAAUUUAAUAUAAACAUUAAAUUUCAUGCUUUAUUUGACAGUCCAGAAGAUUUGUUUAUCCAAAACGAUAAUCAAGCGCAUUUAUUGCGCGAUAAAUAAAUAUCUGCGACCAUAUAUAAAUUUGUAUCGAAAUUAAAUUUGACAGUAAAUCUAUUGAAAUGAAAAGAACGGUUGUCGAGCAUUACGCGAACGAUUUACGGACGUAGCUUGAUUCGGGCGAGUCGUUUCUGCGAAACGCGACAAUGACAGAACCGCGAUAAAUACCCGACUCAGAAGGUCGAUCCAUCAAAGAUAACGCGAUCCGGGAGGAAGGUAAAUCCGUCAGAGAGAUCCCGCGUCGGAGAUGGCGACCAACAGUCCCGGACAAUCGAUCCAUCUAAAGUCACCGAGGAGUCCUCGUCAGUUGCCGGCGUUGCCUCGUCUCCAGCAGCAGGUGCCGAUCGCGGAACAACGGAGUCCGACCCACAGUCAGUCCACCCAAUUGACCAAGUCGCCCGGCACUCCGCUGGUCUUCGAAUUUCCGCCCGAGUACUGCCCGGAGACGCCCAACACGAACUUCGACUUCGACGAGUUCGGGCGCGCCGGCGAGCUCGAGCAGCAGCGCGGAUCCAGGAGUCCCAGGAGCCCCAGAAGUCCCAGUUACUACGCUCGCAUGACGGGCCCGCCACGCAGUCCCAUGACCCCCAACAGCGAAAUCCUGCACUCGCCCAGCCAGAAAUCGCCCAUCUUUCAAUUCUGCGGUCCGCGGAAGAGUAUGAAGCAAGCACAAGCGGCCAGUUACCCGAUGUCGGAGACCUCGUCAUCGACGAUCGAUCGCAGUAGAUCGGUCAACUCGUCGUCCGGUUACGGUCGCAGGAGCCCGAAGUCCUUCGAUUGCCGGAGAAAUUCCUGCUUCGGCCUGAUGAGCCCGAAUAAUCCCAUGUCGCCGACAAUAGUAACGCACGACGCGACCAGCCCGAAAACGGAUCGAAGCCCAGAUGUGGAUCAGAAGGGCGGGAACAGGGAGACUGGGGGAUAUAAAGGCAACGAUACAGGGAAACCGACAUCUAUGGAAGGUUCGAUUGGUAUGCAGGAAAACAUCGCCGACGAGAGACCCGGUGAAAGGUCGAGAAAUGUAAAGAACAAAAGCCAGGGCUGUCUCGACGAAGUCGGUCGCGAUCAUCGUGAAGGAUUAAAGGAAUGCUCGAGACGCAGAAGGGGCGAGAGAAACAUGACUCGAUGUCGACGAUCGACCAGCGAUCUCACGGACAUGGGCGAGGCUGAUACCGAGAUCACCAUGUUAUCCAGCCCCAGAAGAAGAGGCUCCAUGAAGGGUGGUCUGGCCUAUCUGGCAUCCAGACGCGGCUCCCGUGAUAGUCAAUGCUCAAACAUAUCCAACGUAUCCAAUGUUACCAACGAAGAUGUGGGUCCUUUAAACUUUAGCGCGCAUCCGCGAGGUCGACAACGCAGGACUUCGAAUUUUCUCGAGCUGCCCGUGCCGGAUCAUAUACGACCACGUGUGCACAGUCUCCCGGAAAAGGCAUAUAAUCCCCGAGCAGGCGACGACCUGUAUAGACUCAGAGCUUUCAGUAUCACUCACAAGGGUGUAGUGAAUCGGGGCGAUUCCAUCAUUUCCAGACGCAGCAGGAGCAAUACCUCCGUCAAUAGUAGCAGAAACAGCAAUGUAUCGGGGGAGAGAUCACCAUUUGAGGGCUCUUGUUGUAGCGGGCAAGACGCUAGCAUCGAUAGCGACAUUGAGGAAAGUAUUUCAAAAUAUAGGGUGAUCUUGCUGGGAGACUCCGGCGUGGGAAAGACGGCUCUGGUCUCGCAAUUCAUGACGAGCGAAUACAUAAACACGUACGAUGCCAGCCUAGACUUUCGCCUUUAUGUUGCAGAUGACGAGUUUGGGGAAAAAACAGUUUCUAUUUUGUUAGAUAGUGAGGAAUCGGAAAUGAUCUUUAUUGAUCAUCCGCACGUAGAAAUGAGCGUCGAAAACUCUCUGUCGACAUACGAGCCACAUGCCUGCAUCGUGGUUUAUUCAAUCGUUUCACGUACGAGCUUUCAAGUGGCUGAAGAGAUACUAAAUUAUCUGUGGCAAGAACAUUACACUCAAGAACAUACGGUCAUCGUCGUCGGCAACAAGUCCGAUCUCGCGAGAAGUCGGACAAUUCCGGCAAAUGAUGGGAAGCAGUUGGCCACGUCGCGCGAGUGCAAGUUUAUUGAAACAUCCAGCGGGCUCAAGCACAAUGUGGACGAGCUUCUGGUCGGCGUUCUGAAGCAAAUCCGCCUAAGAGAGUCCCGCGAAAAGAAACUUCGGCGUCAAGGUAGCAAGGGCAAACUAUUGUCGAAGUUGCACAAUAGCAAAACCGUUCUGAGCCUGAACCUCGCUAGAGAAAUUCUCAAUAAGAUGUGCUUGAACGACAGCAAGAGCAAGAGCUGCGAGAACUUGCACGUACUGUGAAAUAUUGCGACGGGAUAAAAGGGAGAGAAAAGCAGAAUUCGAAGGGGAGAGUUUCUCCUUUUACGAUCGAGGAUUGUUCCACGGAAACGUGAACGCUAAUCGAGAUCGAGAAGGUAAACGCGGCGAUUUUCUGCGCGAGGUGUUACAUGAUAUUUUCAUUAUUUUUUAUCCAGGCGGAUUAUGAGCUUUGUGUCACUCCAACUUCGGAGAGAACUUUUUUCAGUCGAGAGGUCGUAUAACGAUUUUACGACUCGCGCACUGAUUAUGUAUCCUGGUAAGGAGCCGUUGUUACGACCUACGUAUUCUAUGUUCCUGUUUCUUUGUUCUUGCAGCGCGUUCCCGACCAACAGACCUCUGACAUUAUCCAAUGCAUUCUUAUCGCGCAGAGAGGCGCCAGAGCAGCAAUUCGCACUGAUUUAAAACACACGCGGAACUUUCCUUUGUGUAUCAUUAACUUCACUUCCAUUUUCUAUGAAUCGGAAUUAACGUGCGACAAAAAAAAAUACAGGCGAACAAAUUUUACAUUCUAGCUUUUUUUAAACGUUGCGAAGAAGAUGACAUUUAGCAAUAUCACAGGAGUUUUCUAUAAUUUUAUACAUCAAAGAAUAUCAAUUUUGUGAUAGUAAAAUUACAUUUAACUUCUGACAGCUUACAAAAAUAUUUAAAUUUGAU